UCUUUAACGGUUAAUAACUUGUUUCGCGAGGCAUGUCGCAUUUUUUUUGCCGGAAUCUUUCGUUUUGAGUGAAAAUGCAUCGAAUUAGUAUUAUACAUUUUUAUUAAGAUUGGAGGUGAGAAGAGCAUUUUAUAUAAUUACCAAAGUGGAAAGAUAAGGGAUAAAUAAUAAGCCAUUAUUUCGAAACAAGAAACUACACUACAUGACACUGCACUAUGUCGGAUAAAAAAACUGUAUUUGUUACAGUUGGCACAACAAAAUUUGAUGAUUUGAUAACUACAGUAUUGAGUCGUGCAGUUCUGGAGGCCCUAUCAGCACGUAAUUACAGGCAUCUAAUCUUGCAAAUUGGCAAUAGCAAAUUAGAACCGGAUUGUACUGCACGUUAUGGCUUCCAUAAGAUAGAAAUUUUUAGAUUAAGUCCAUCCAUUGGAGAAUAUCUGCAACUGACAGACCUUGUGAUAAGCCAUGCAGGUGCAGGAAGCGUGCUGGAAGCUUUAGAAAGACGCAAACACUUAAUUGUGGUGACCAAUGAUCUCCUCAUGGACAAUCAUCAGAUUGAACUGGCUGAGCAGCUGUACAAAGACGAACAUUUGUAUUAUUGUACUUGUAAGAAUUUGUUGCACGUCAUACAAACAAUGGACCUUGCAAAGUUAAAGCCAUUUACCAAUGACAAUAGUGCAGAUAUUGCUAAUUUUAUUGAUAAAGUAAUGGGAUUUAGGUGACAGUGUUGAGGCUGUUUUGCCUUUUUUUU